CUCUUUCAGGGCUGUCACAAACUAAUGACACACAGCUUUAGUCAUCGCACCGACGAAAACAUCGAACUGCUAGCAUAACAAACGCGAAACCAAACAACAACAAACCUGAAACGACCGGGAAGCCGAAGUCCGCCAACCACACGCACACCAUCACCAAAUCCAUCGUACGCACAGUGGCAAGCCUCCAGCCAGGCCAGGCAAACAGCCAGACAAAACACGAAGAAUGAACGAACCGAACGAAGCGCAUCAUGAUCUCGCCGUCGGCUUCCAUCUUGCAUCGCUCGCGCGCGUUCAGUCUCCUAGUGAACGCCGUGCGGUUUGGAUGUUGUUCCGUCUAUCGAGUGCUGCCAUCUUUUUUGGCCCCCUCCUGUGUGUGUCGCGUAUCGCGAACUCGUGUUUUCGACCUGUUUUUAUUCUCUGGGUGUGAUUGUGAUUGAAAUUUCGUCGUUUGAUUGAUCGACAGUGAUUGAAGGUGAUCAGUAUGGAAACGAUUGUAUCAUCCGAGUCGUGAUUGAUUGGGAAUGAGAGUGAUUUCCAAGAUAAUUCUUAAGAUAAAUCGAAGAAAAUGUUUAUGUUGUUGUCUGCUGGAGGCAGCGCAUGAAGAAGGUGCAAGAGUGAGAAGCAAGUGAUUGUGUGGAAGAAGGCAAAACAAACGUGGGGAGGAAAGAGAUCAGAGAAUAACGAGCAGCACCGGUUCGGCAGGUUCGUCUCGUGUUGUGCUGCAAGAAGUGUCAAAUCUGUUGUUGCGAGCCGGCUUGUUUUGGAUGCGAUGAAUUUCUGCUAGCAAAAGCCGGUGUAAAUAUGUUUUGAUUAUGAAUGCUUGAUAACAAAGUCCCGGCGAAAGUGAUGUCUAUCUGUUGAGUAAGAAUCAGCUGAUAGUGGAAGAAAUAUCAAGUGUGUGAUUGUAGAAAAAAAAAACCUCAAUUCAUACAAAAAUAAACCCAAUAGCAAGCAGAGAGAAAAAGAGUUCAACCAGAUCUCCGGAGGAAACGCAACGAGUCUCAUCGCAAGCUGUCAAAAUGACGAAUUUAUGUGUUUACAUUGGAUUAUUCCUGGUGUUUGCGGCCGGCGGCAGUGCACAUCUGAAUCUGUAUCUGAACCAGCUCGAAGUCAUGCGAUUACUCGGUCUUUCGGCUGAGCUGUACUACGUACGAGAAGGUCAAGUCAACGAAUAUGCCCUCCACUUCACAGUACCGGUGCCUGCAAACGUGCAAGACAUUUCCUUCACAUGGCAAAGUCUUGCUGGGAAGCCACUCCCCUACAAGAUCAACAUCGUUACGUCGGAUCCCCUGGUCCUACCGAAACCAUCGAUGAACAUCUCCCGGGUAGGUGAGAUUCCCACGCAGAUAGAAACUUUUGCAAUUGCACUCAAAUGUGCCGGACGGGAACCGGCUGAAGUGGAAGUCACCAUCACCAUCGAAGUUACACUCAAUCGAGUUACGGGGAAUGCUACGGAGUUGGUGUUUCGGAGAAAGAAGAUUUGCCUGAAUAACGAACACCCGGAUGCUAAUCAGCCAGAUCCGUAUCUUCUCGAAACAGUGACUCACACCCAAAGUGGGCUGAUCACGCUGAUCGUAGGAGGAAUCCUAGCGAUCGUCCUCGUAACAAUCCUCAUCUUCAUAGCAUACUGUACCAGAGGUUCCCUGAAGCGUAAGCCUCAUCACGCUCAACCAAUCCGAACAUCUAGCUUCCAACGGCUUCAAACCCAUCCACCAUCGGCCCCGUCUUCGAUCGUAUCUCCACCUUCCAUUACCCCAACGAUCGCCACCCUAUCCCGCAACAAAAUCUACGCCAACGCCGAGCCGGAAGAACUACAACGUCGCAUCUCCGAACUCACGGUCCAAAGAUGUCGCGUUCGACUUUCAUCCCUUCUCCAGGAAGGCACCUUUGGCCGCGUCUACCGCGGUUCCUACAACGACAGCCAGGAAGUCCUAGUCAAAACCGUCGGCCAGCACGCCUCACAAAUCCAAGUCUCGCUACUCCUGCAGGAAGGAAUGAGCCUCUACGGAGCCCAACACCCGGGCAUCCUCUCCGUGCUCGGAGUUUCCAUCGAAGAUCACACUGCUCCCUUCCUACUGUACCUCGCUCCGGACAACAUGCGCAACUUGAAGAUCUUCCUGCAGGAACCGGUGGCCCGCACAAUGACCACAAUCCAGAUCGUCAAAAUCCAGCUGCAACUGGCACAGGCCUUGGGACACCUGCACAGUCACGGGGUGAUCCACAAGGACAUUGCUGCCCGCAAUUGCGUAAUCGACGACCAGCUGCGGGUAAAGCUGGCGGACAACUCCUUGUCGCGGGAUCUUUUCCCUGGAGAUUACUACUGUUUGGGCGACAGUGAAAACCGACCGAUCAAAUGGCUGGCCCUGGAAGCGAUCCAGUACAAGCAGUUCAGCGAAGCCUCUGAUACGUGGGCUUUCGGAGUGCUCAUGUGGGAACUGUGCACGCUGGCGCGGCAGCCCUAUGCUGAGGUUGAUCCGUUUGAGAUGGAACACUACCUGCGGGAUGGUUACCGAUUAUCACAACCCAUCAACUGCCCGGAUGAGCUAUUUGCCAUCAUGGCCUACUGCUGGACGAUGCUCCCGAUGGAGCGCCCCUCGUUCGAGCAGCUCCAGGUCUGCCUGCAGGAUUUCUACGCCCAGAUCACUCGGUACGUCUAGGGUCUAGCGAACGCCGCAAACGGUGCGGUAGUUCCUAUGGCCACCAAUGGCCUACCACGUGAUUCCAAACUACUCCAGUCGUUGUCGCUGCCGCCACAACAGAAGCAACAGCAGCAGCAGCAGCAACAACAAUCAGAGCAACAUCAUCAGCAGCAGCGGUUUUACAUGUUUCCUACGCCACGUGCACUUUCGCUUAGCUUUAGCUUCCGCGUCAAGAAUCGUCACAAUAAUGGUGGCAGCAGUGGUAACACAUUCGCCGCGAACAGCACUAUGCCAAGCAGUAACAGCAAUAGCAACAGUAGCAGUAGCAACGGCAACACCAUCAAUAACAAUCACAUCUACGAGUGUCCGCAGGAUGCCCUGGUGGGAGCCUGCCAGACGAUGCCCUCUAUCGGUAAAAUUGGAGCUGUUUCGUGACAUAAGGCCAAGGUGGCCACCAUUAGCCGCAGUAGUGCCAACGGUGGACCACUGGCCACAAUUCGCGA